UGAAACAAUGACAGCCAUGGAAGGUUUCUAAGGUUUUUGUUUGCACACGAUCACGAUCACCACAACGACAAAGAAGAGAGAGUUCGAAGUAGCCUUUUUUUCUUUUUUCGGUCUCCAUCCAUCGCACGAUCUUUCUCCUUAAUUUCCGCACAUUUUCGCACUUCUCUCAACCAACCCUAAUCCCCCAAAAACCAGCUUUUGAUUUUAUUAUUUUCCUAAACACACAAAAACUAAAAACAUUUUACGUUUUUUUUUGUUUUGGGGGGAAUUUAUAUAAAACACGCCUGUAAUUAGCUCCGAACAAGACGACGACGACGACGACGACGAAGACGGUGGAGGUGGAGGAGGAGGAGGGAGAGCUUCGUUCUGGGUCUCUUGCUUUUCCCGCUGAACAAGAUAUGCAUUUCUCAAAGCUCGAUGAUUCCCCCAUGUUUCGCCAACAGAUGCAAUGUAUGGAAGAGAGUGCGGAGUUGCUGCGAAUGCGAUGCUUAAGAUUCUAUAAAGGAUGCAGAAAAUACACGGAGGGGCUUGGAGAAGGGUAUGAUGCAGAUAUUGGCUUUGUAAAUGCGCUUGAAUCUUUUGGUGGAGGCCAUAAUGAUCCCAUCUGUGUUGCUUUUGGAGGUCCCGUAAUGACGAAAUUCACCAUUGCUCUACGAGAAAUUGGGACAUACAAGGAAGUUCUUCGUUCCCAGGUAGAACACAUGCUAAAUGACCGGUUACUUCAAUUUGUGAAUGGCGAUGUCCACGAAGUUAAGGAAGCUCGUAAACGGUUUGACAAAGCUACCAUUAUAUAUGACCAGGCACGAGAGAAAUAUCUUUCAUUAAGGAAGAGUACACGAUUGGAUGUGGCUGCCACAAUUGAGGAGGACCUACAUAGUGCAAGAACAACGUUUGAACAAGCCCGAUUUCAUCUGGUUAGUGCACUCUCUAAUGCGGAGGCUAAAAAGAGAUUUGAGUUUUUGGAAGCAGUCAGCGGGACUAUGGAUGCUCAUCUUCGUUUCUUCAAACAGGGAUAUGAGCUUCUACAUCAAAUGGAGCCUUUUAUUAAUCAGGUGUUGGCUUAUGCACACCAGUCUAGAGAAUGUGCAAAUUAUGAGAUGGCAUCACUUAAUGAAAGGAUGCAGGAGUACCAAAGGCAAGUUGAUCGUGAAACUAGAAACUCAAAUGGUUCUCCAACAGGUGAUGGCAUGAGACAUAACUCUAGAAACUCACAGAAAGUCAUAGAGGCUGUCAUGCAAUCUGCUGCAAAAGGAAAGGUUCAGACUAUCAGACAAGGGUAUCUGUCAAAACGUUCCUCAAACUUGAGAGGUGACUGGAAAAGAAGAUUCUUUAUUCUUGAUAGCCGUGGGAUGCUAUACUAUUACCGAAAACCAUGGAAUUGGUCUUCAGGAAAUGGUAGUCGCUCUGUUGUUCACAGGAAUAUGACUUCAGAAAACAGUCCUGGGCUGCUAAGUCGGUGGCUGUCUUCUCAUUAUCACGGUGGUGUGCACGAUGAAAAACCAGUUGCACGUCAUACCGUCAAUCUGCUGACCUCAACAAUCAAAGUUGAUGCAGAUCAGACCGAUCUAAGAUUCUGCUUUCGAAUAAUUUCACCAACAAAAGUUUAUACAUUGCAGGCAGAGAAUGCACAGGAUCAGAUGGACUGGAUCGAAAAAAUAACUGGAGUAAUUGCUUCUUUGUUGAGUUUCCAGACACCUGAAAGAGCAAUCAUGCGUCUUUCUACUGUGGACGGAGGUGAUACUUUCUCUGCAAGUGAUUCUGGUUCUUUAGCAGAUCCAUAUGAUAUCGAACAGGCAGAAAGUGGAGAGUCCACAGUGGAAAAUCCCAUGACUGGAGGAAACCGUUCAAGGUUUUCAGGGUGCUUGCAGCAACAUGAUAUGGUAAAGACUGAAAAGCCAAUUGAUGUCUUGACAAGAGUAUUGGGGAAUGAGAAAUGUGCAGACUGUGGUGCUCCUGAACCUGAUUGGGCCUCUUUGAACCUUGGUGUCCUUAUUUGUAUUGAGUGUUCUGGUAUCCAUCGCAACCUUGGUGUUCACAUUUCAAAGGUCAGAUCGCUCACUCUUGAUGUUAAAGUAUGGGAACCAUCAGUUUUGACACUAUUCCAGUCGUUAGGUAAUGUGUAUGUAAACUCAGUUUGGGAGGAGUUGUUGAACUCGGAGAGUAGAUCUUCCAGUGCUAGUAGGCCUUCGGGCACUCCCAAGUCAGAUCGACCACGAAAGUUGGUCGUAAGGAAGCCUGGUUUCAAUGAUCCCAUUUCUGUGAAAGAGUUGUUCAUCCACGCGAAGUACUCAGAGAGGAUUUUUGUCCGCAAAGCAAUAGAUAGUCAGCAUUUCCAGGCAGUUUUCCAAGAGAUAUGGGAGAAUGUCCGUGCCAAUGACAAGAAAUCAGUUUACAGACACAUUGUCUGCUCUGAAGCAGAUGUGAAUGCUCUGCGUGGACAAGCAUCGUACACUGUGUCUAUGCCCUUAGCAAAGAUGAUGCAACUGGAAGCGAAGGAGGAAACCCUUGAAGCCAAAUUUAAGAGCAUUGAAGAAGAAUUUCAAGAGAAUCCAGAGGGAUAUUCUCAGUCAAGAGGGACCGGGGAGAGUAUGGUCAGAGAAGAAACUUCAAAUGACUGUUCUUUGCUUCACCUUGCUUGUCUUUCUGCGGAUAUCGGUAUGGUGGAACUAUUGCUUCAGUAUGGAGCAAAAAUAAAUGCAACAGAUUCAAAAGGUCGGACUCCACUUCAUCAUUGUAUCAUCAGCAGGAGAUAUGCAAUUGCAAGGUUGCUACUUAUGAGGGGAGGAGAUCCAAAUGCUGUGGAUAAAGAUGGUAACACACCGGUCAAAUAUGCUUCACAGACGGACCUCAAUGACAGCGAACUGAUUGCUUUAUUAACAGACUCCAAAAGAUGAUAUCAGUGAUGAAUCUAAUUUGACCAUUCCAUUAGCUUAUCGUGUGAAAGCAGAAUGGUAUAGCACGAGUGUUGCUCAGCUCAGCUGAACUACUUUCGCCAUUUUCCACGUUUUAGUUGGUUUCAUAUUCUUCUUUUUUAUUGCCCAUAUAAUCGGGCGAUUUGUUCAUGAAGAGCGUAGAAAAUACAUGUAGAUUUUCUUUUUUGAUUGUUAGGUUGAUAUACUUGUUUAUACUCAUGGUGUACAUAAGGUCUUUUUAUGGGGUUGUAUGUUCUGUAAGAUGAAAACCUCUGUUUUGGUUUCACUAUGAGAUCUUUAUUUUUUUUUAAUGAAAGGCAAAGACACCAAUUGUGUUCUUCUUUA